GUGAGUGGUCGGUCAUUUGAGAAGCUGAAUGAGCCACAAUUUCAAAUGCAGGUACAACUAUUAUCACCUUCUUCCACCAUUCCCUGCUUACCCAUCACCACCACCAUUAACAAUGUCUCCAAAUCUUCCAGCCGUAGAGAAUUCUUCUUUGAUGGUGUUUCCUCAAUCUAUACUCACUCUCCUACAUCUCCUCAAAGAGUUGAAGACUUUAAUAUAGUUGAUGAUGCUGUCCAUUCCAAGCCCAAUCAUCCUUUCACUACUAGGCGGGCAUUUCUUCGGAGUUUUGGCCUGUUAUCUUCUUACUUUCUUUCCUCCUAUUUUCCAGCUUAUGCACUAGGGGAUCCAUCUGUGACGAUUGAAGAAGUAACACCCUUAGUUAUUCCUUAUGGGCCUUUGUUACCUUCUGAGGAAAGAGUCGUACAAUUAUUUGAGAAGAAUACCUACUCCGUGGUGAACAUAUUUGAUGUGACAUUGCGUCCUCAACUCAACAUUACAGGUGUUGUGGAGAUACCCGAAGGAAAUGGUUCAGGAGUAGUCUGGGAUGGACAAGGCCAUAUUGUCACAAACUAUCAUGUGAUUGGCAACUCACUUGCACAAAAGCGUAGUCCGGGUGAAGUUGUUGCACGUGUGAACAUCUUAGCUUCAGAUGGUGUUCAAAAAAGUUUUGAGGGUAGGUUGAUUGGAGCCGAUCGUGCAAAGGAUCUUGCUGUCUUGAAGGUAGAAGCAAAUGAAGACCUGUUGAAACCUAUUCAUGUGGGAUCAUCAUCUUCUCUUAAAGUUGGCCAACAGUGUUUAGCAAUUGGAAACCCUUUUGGUUUUGACCACACUCUCACUGUUGGUGUUAUAAGUGGGUUAAAUCGUGAUAUCUUUAGUCAGACGGGAAUUACAAUUGGUGGAGGUAUUCAAACUGAUGCUGCCAUUAAUCCUGGGAAUAGUGGAGGACCUCUUCUAGAUUCGAAAGGAAAUUUAAUUGGGAUCAAUACAGCGAUAUUUACUCAGACCGGCACAUCAUCUGGAGUGGGGUUCGCAAUUCCUUCCUCGACUGUACUCAAGUUAAUACCUCAAUUGAUUCAGUUUGGCAAAGUUGUUCGAGCUGGCGUGAGUAUUGAGAUUGCUCCAGAUUUAGUAGCAAAUCAACUGAAUGUUCGGAAUGGAGCUCUUGUGUUACAGGUUCCUGGAAACAGUUUAGCUGCCAAGGCAGGAUUGCGUCCUACCACUAGGGGUUUUGCUGGGAAUAUCAUUCUGGGUGAUAUUAUUGCUGCGGUGGACAAUAAGCCUGUAAGAAACAAAGCUGAUUUAGUAAGGAUACUGGAUGAUUAUAGUGUUGGAGAUGAAGUGAUCUUGAAGAUUUUAAGGGAUGGUGAAAGCUUAGAGGUGCCCUUAAAAUUAGAGGAAACCACCUCCUGAUUAUAUAGCUUGGCACUUUACUACACAUGUUUACUCUAUUUUUCUUUUCCUAAUUGCAUUAAAGAUCAGAUCGUGUUGUAAUGUAUUACUUACUAUUUAAUGUAAACAACCUCAUAUUGUGGUACUUGUGAGACAAGAUCCGAUUAUGAAUUAUAAUUUGUUACUUACUAUUUAGGGAAUAUUACUUAGAAUAAUUCAAUAUUUUCAUGAU